GAAGGGCGUGGCCUCACUGUGGGAAGGGGGCCGGGGAGGCGGCGGCGGCCGGAGGGGGGCGAGAAGUUGCUGAGGAGGCGCCUGGAGGGCGAAGAUGGCUGAUUUUCUGAAAGGGUUGCCUGUCUACAAUAAAAGCAAUUUCAGCCGUUUCCACGCAGAUUCUGUAUGUAAAGCAUCGAACAGAAGGCCAUCAGUAUAUCUCCCUACGCGGGAAUAUCCGUCAGAACAAAUUAUAGUAACAGAAAAGACGAACAUACUUUUGCGUUACCUACAUCAGCAGUGGGACAAAAAGAAUGCAGCGAAGAAAAGAGACCCCGAACAGGUGGAAAUAGAAGGCGAGAAUUCAGCCCCACCCCGAAAAAUCGCCCGGACGGACAGCCAGGAUAUGAAUGAGGACACUUAAAAACUAAAACUCUUUUUUUUUUGCUUGUCUUCUGUGUUAAAAUAUACAGGGGCUUCCUGUGUGGGGUUUUUUUUUUGGUGGUGUGGGGGGAGUGUCUGUCGACAACGUAUUCACACCAACACACACAUUUCCAUGAGCAGGUUGCCUUUUUUCCUUCUCCUGGUCCACCCUUCACUAUGCAGCCACUUCAGACUUGUAGCAGCCAAUGUAUUUAUUUCUGUUUAAUUUGUGUGUGUGUUGGAGAAAGCAGCAGGGGUGAAAGAGGCAUGGCCGGGGGGGGGGUCCAGGGGGCGGGGGAGCGAGAGAGAGGUGUCUCUUCUUCCAUUUUUUUCCUCCAUUAUUAUUUAUGCGCUCUCUCGCUCUCCCCCCUCCCUCCCUCCGCGCCCCCCCCCCCCGGUUGGAACAAGUCGGGAAAACAAAAUGAUGUUUGAACUGUGAUCGAUUCCUUUUUUGUUUGGGGGGAAAAGGCAAAAAAAAGGACGCACCCCCCCCAAUACACUUUUGCGGCUAAUCUCUCUCCCCUCCAAAAGAAACCCCAAUAUCUUUGUACUAACGUGAACUGUAUCCGAGCUCAUGCUGAACCCCCCCCCCCCGACUUUUUUUGUGGAAUCAGACUUUCCAUCUGUACAAUUACUGGUGUGCAUAAAAGGGGGGGGGUGUUCAAAUUCUUCCUUUGCACCUCCUAAUCUAAGUGUGAUCUGAGAUGAGGAGGCCAUAUUCUGACCUCCCUCUCCCCUUCAUUUUGAUGUUUUCGUUUUCUGAAAAAGAUUUUUUUUUAAUAAAAUAAAAAACCUUGACGGUCCUUCUUUGAUGGAUACUCUUCAACAGACAUGUUGUGUCCUCUUUAGCUGAUAACUGCUGUAUUGGUUUCAUUUUUGUUAAAAAAACACACCCAUCUUUCUGUUCUGGGGAGUUUCGUUAGCAUGUCAGCCGUAGAUUGUAAAGAGGAAAGGAAAACAUGUCUGCUUGCCACCGACCCCUUUCUCCCUCCAUCCCCUGCCCCCCGCAUCUCUCUCUCUCAGAUCACUCUAUGAAUGGACCAGUUCUGUGCAACUUCUGCAGUAGAAUAAAGAAGGAUCUUUCUCACCGCUUUGGCUGGGUUUAUUUUGGGGUUUUGCGCCGUGAGCUCUGCCGGGUUGACUCCCGAUUUAGCGGCAAACCCGUUGAACUGAACAGACCCGAGUUAAGUAAAAGCCGUCCUUUUCAACGGAUGCUGUAUCAUACAGAGUUGCAUGGGACCCCCAAGGGCCCUCCUGGAGUGCAGGAACCACAGCCAU